AUGGCUCCUUCAGCACCUUUCAAUCCACCGGCCCCUGAUGCCCCUGGUAAACCAUACGUCGAGCCAUGGAACAUUCCACCAGUGACCAAGCAGACCGAGAAUUUUGAUGAACUCACUUCCAUCGACCUGUCCCUUCUCGAUUCUGAAGAUCCCGCGGUCCAAGCAGACCUUGUUAAGCAAGUGAAGAGGGCUAUCCGAGAAAAUGGUUUCUUGAUCCUGGAAAAUUACGGUGUCUCCUUAGAGCAGCUUCAUAGGCAGUUCGCUCUUGCCCAAUAUACCCACACCAAGAUGUCUCAAGAAGACAAAGAUAGACUCUUAUUCCACCCCGAUACUGGUCGAUGGGCUGGUUACAAGCACCCUUACGGAUUCAAACGACACAAGGGCCCCGCAGAUGGUAUCGAGCAAUUCAACUGGUACAAAGAGCAAUGGGAAAACCGAGACUUGAUGCCUGAAUGUCUUCAGCCUUUCUUGGAUGAGAUUGAAGCUUUUUCCACCUACUUGACCUACUCCGUCAACAAACGACUUCUAACCCUCUUCUCAAGGGUUCUUGGGAGCCCACCUGGAGAAGGUUAUUCCCGACAUGCUAUCUUCAGACCAGUGCAGAAGGAGACUCAGGAAGCUUCCAAAGGACUCCGAAUGCACGGUCAUACCGACUUCGGACUCACCACCCUUCUUUUCUCUGUGCCAAUCUCAUGUCUUCAAAUCUGGGGCCAUGACGAACAAUGGCACUACGCCCCUUACAAGCCCGGAGCUCUUGUCAUCAACAUCGGUGAGACCCUCGAGAUCGUCUCAGGUGGUCAUUUCAAGGCUACCCGACACCGAGUGUUCAAGCCACCUGCCGACCAGCUCAACUCUGAGCGAUUAUCCAUAGUCCAAUUCAACAGUAGUAUCGGCGAACUCCGAAUGACCCCUGCUGCAGACUCACCUCUCAUCCAACGAGAAGGCUGUGUGGAAGAACAAGGUGUCUACAAGGAGUUCAAGAGACUCAUGGAUGCUGGUGUACCCGUACCAACUAACAGUCAAUGGCGAGAAAUCCAAAUUGCCGAGGCUACUGAUCCCACCGAUACCGUCAGAAAUAGUAUCGGUCAAGAUCAAAUCAUGCUCGACGGGAAGCUCUUCCAGAAACGAGAGUAUUUCGGUGUCAAAGUCUUGUUACCUGUAUAA